GCUGGCCCUUGAGCAGUAACACCUCGAUGGCGCGCUGGUCUGUUACAUGGCGGUUCUGCUCAAACUUCUGGCGAAUUGAUUGGCGCAGGUAGGUUGGAGUGACGUUCAACGCAUAGAUUGUACAAAUCUCAGGAGCAGCACGGACCCAUGCUCUAUAUAGGUCAAUAACUCGAAGGCGCGCUUCUGUGCGGCUACUUGAGAUGCGCGUCAUCUGCGCGAGUCGGGAGGGUAUUGUGGUCAUGGUCGGCCUGAACUAGUAACUGACAGCGUCGUUGUUGCAAAGCGGCCCCGGGUGGAGCUGCUGACAUAAGCUUUUCCUAAGUUCAUUUGAGUAUUGUUAUCUAUCUUAUCCGCCUGAAAGCGAUUCUUCUGAUCUCUUGACUCCUCACAACAUCACACCCAAGAGAAUAAGAUGGUCAGAGGCUCAGGUAAAUUUAAGACCAAGCGUGGCGGAGGGAGGAAUUUCAGCAAACACCUCGAAAUAGACGAGAACGGAACUGCUGUGUCGCUUGAUAAACGAUGGGCUCCUCGUGAUCAAGAGGGCGAGACCGACUCAGACGAAGAGAACAAAUUAGAGGAAGAGGAGGAGGAGGAGGAAGAAGAGGAAGAAGAAGAAGAAGGGGCCAGCGGCAGUGUCGCACAGCCUGAGCUAAGUCGUGCCGAGCGAAAGGCGCUCAAGAAGAAACAAGCGGACCAGAAACAACAAGCGGAGGGAGAGAGUGACACAGAUGCAGAUCUAAUAAAUCCCAACCAUGUCGAGAAGAAGAUGAAUAUAUCCGAUCUUGGCGCACCUCGAGAGCUAACUCGUAGAGAAAGGGAGGCGAAGGAGAAACAAGAAGCCAAGGAUCGCUACUGGAAGCUACAUGUUGCUGGAAAGACCGACGAAGCAAAGUCAGAUCUCGCUCGCCUUAGAAAGAUCAAAGAGGAACGGGAGGCUGCUCAAGCCAAGAGGAAGGCUGAAGCCGAAGCAAAGGCCGCAGAGAUAGAGGCCAAGCGCAAGGCAGCCGAGAAGAAGCGUACUUGAUUUGCUCGCGCUCCAAUCGUGAUAAGACACUGAUAAUUAGUCUGUGUACUGCUUGCGUGGCAUUCUGUAACUCUGUAAUCAUCCUACGAAUGCGCUAAGUAACCAGAGGGAAUUUGCACAGUGCACGCUGUGGAAGAUACCUGGGCGACACUCAUCCAGCCACCAAGGCCGAAGAAGCACGGAAACUGUGGAGCACGCAGGAUAGUGAAGAGGUAUAUGGGCUAUAUACUGCACGAUCCGCUAUUCCCUCGCAUUUCAAAUGGCUCUUACGAGCGAUGUACACGCACGCACG